GUUUUCAGAUCCGUUGUUCUUUUUUCCAAGAAAAGGUGCAAUCAUGCCACCAAAAAGAAACCUUGGGAAGGCUGUCCAAACAUUACAGAUUGGGCCUGGUGAAGGCAGUCCAACACACUCAGAAGGAGAAAAUGAGCCAAUCCUUCCACCACCAUUGUCACCAAUACUUAGGGAGCAUUCUUUUGUCAAUCCUACCUUCAACAAGGGUAGUGAAUCUGGAGAUGAUGUUGCUCAAUCUGGUGAUUCUCUUGUGAAAGCUAUGUCAGAUCAGAUUAGCAUCAUGAGGCACACACUGAUGGAAUCUGAGGAGAAAGCUCGACAAAGAAGCCAAGAGGUUUCUAGGCAGUUGGAUGAGUCUUUUCAGAAUCUGGCUCAGAAUUUGGCUCAAAGUGUAGCCCAAAGUGUAGCCGACAUGCGGCGAUCCAAUGAAGAAAGCAACAGAAUCUGGCGCGAGCAAAAUGCAGAAAAUUUGAGAGCUUUCCAAGCUGAAACGGAACGAAUGCAGGAGGCAUUUCGACGUGUCAGAAUUGAGCCUCAGCCACAAGCAACAGAUCUUCAAAGGCAGAAUCAGAAUAUUCCAGCUCCAGCACUCGGGGGGCAAGUUAAUCUACCACAGCCACCUCCCCAGAUUCAGCAAGUAGUAGGCGGACCAGUGCAGCCAGAUCCUGUUGAGGUUGCACCACGUGCAGCAGAUCUGGGAAAUCACCAACAGCCCAGAUAUCUGCCACCUCCACGCCGACCGAAUGGAGGACAUCCACAACAUAAUGCACCUCCACAAAGGGAGCAUUUCCAGCCUUAUGUGCCACCUGUGCAGCAAAAUCUUCCAAAUCUGCCAGGACAGUACAUCAAUCAUGAUCAGAUCAUCGACAUGGUGCAGGAGGCUUAUGGUCCAGUUCUGAGGCCUCUUGUCAGACCUGCCUACAGAAAGCCAUAUCCAGAUUACAUAGAUCAAGAGAAUCCUUUUCCAAGGGGGUUCAAGGUUUCAGAAUUCACUCUAUUUUCCGGAGAUGGUGGAUAUUCUACUAUUGAACACAUAGGCCGCUUCACAAUUCAGUGUGGCGAGGCCUCCGGUGAUGAUAAUCUGAAGCUCAGACUUUUUCCCAGCUCAUUAACUAGUACAGCUCUCACUUGGUAUCUAAGUCUGUCACAGAAUUCUGUUUAUACUUGGAGGCAGAUGGAAGAUCUUUUUCACAUCCAGUUCUACCGCAGUGAGCCAGAAGUAUCCAUGGCAGAUUUAUCUCGUCUGGUGCAGCGACCUGGAGAAACAUCUGAGGCCUUUCUGGCCAGAUUUCGGAAGGCCAGACUUAAGUGCAGAGUUGCCCUGCCAGAACAGGAAUUUGUCAAGCUGGCACAAAAUGGUCUAGACAUUGAAUUGAGGAAAAAGUUUGAGGGAAUGGAGUUUCGUGAUUUCUUUGAGUUGUCUUACAAGGUGGCUCGUUAUGAGAAUUUAUUGCGAGAGGACACACAAAGGAAAUCUGCAUCUCAUGGGACUUAUUAUGAUAAGGCCAAAGAAACUAUGGGAGUUGAUGCAGAUCCAUUCCCUACCAUGUCUGUUGGGGUGAAUGCGGCAGAUCUCAGGAGCAUUGCCAGGGACAGAUCUCAGACAUACUAUAGGCGCAGACUUGCCGCUGAUGAUCUGAGGUGGGUCAUUGAGGAGGCGAGGACCCGCAGAAAUCAAGUCAGAUCAGGUUCAUACCGAAGGAGACAGCCCGGGGGGCAUAACUCAACUCAACAGAAAAAUAAUGCAAAUCUGGCAGAAAAGCCCAGAAUGGUGAAACCACCACCCAGAUCUCCAAGUAAACGGUGGGAACGUGUGGUGCAUCCAAAAUUUCCUAAAGGUCAGAAUCCAAGGACCUUGAGGAGGCGUUUACAACGCAAAAGGGCUGCAGAAAGACAUCGACAGCAGAUUACAGACUCGGGGGGCAUGGCAGAUCAGGCUCAGCCGCUCCCAGCAAGAAGAAAAUCAGUGUGGGUCCGUAAGGAAAAAGGGAGCUUAUCUGGUCAGAAUACUCCAGAAAAGGAGGAACCACCCAGAAUUCCAACAUCACCUCGAGUUCUGGCUGUGGAAUCCAAUGAAGAAACUGGUUUGAAGGCGAAAUUUGACGUGCCGGAUAAAGCGGAAAAUUCAUCAGAUGUAAUCUGUUUUGAUUUGACUGAGGAAGAAGAAGUCAUUGAAAUCCCGGCCAAGGAAGAGGGUGGCAUGGAUUCAGCAGAUAAAAUCAUUUUUGAGAAACCAGAAGAGAGAAUGGCCAGGCACAUUAGGCCAUUAUACAUUCAUGCACAUCUAGAUGGUAUGCCAAUAAAUCGAGUUCUGGUGGAUAAUGGAGCAGCUGUCAAUGUUUUGCCAACUUGUAUUCUGCACAAGAUUGGCAAAUCUUUGGGUGAUUUAAUGGAGAUAGAAGUGACAAUCAGUGACUUUACCGGUGGAGUAAACCGCUCAAGGGGAAUUCUGCCAGUAGAACUGACUGUUGGGAAUAGAACUCUCAUGUGUGCAUUUUUUGUGGUUGACACCAUUGCCACUUAUAAUGCAUUGCUUGGGAGAGAUUGGAUACAUUCCAGCUGGUGCGUUCCUUCAACUUUGCAUCAGAAAUUAAUAUUCUGGAAUGGCGGCAGAACUGAAGUCGUGACAGCAGAUGACAAACCGUUUGUGGCGAGUACCAAUGCAGUGGAGGCUCGUUAUUAUGAUGAAGAUAUUGGGACUAUCCAUUUCUUUGGGAUGGACCGAUAUGGCAGACCUUCUAGAAUUACUGUCUGCACCAGAUCUGCAAUUGAUAGACAGACUGUGAAAGAGGUAUCUGAAGUAGUCUAUGAAGGUGAAGAGGAAGAUUUGAAGGAUCAGAUAACACUAGAGGAAUUGGAUCUGGCACCAGCAAAACUUGAUGAUCUGAAGGCAGAAGUACAAGAUCCCCUGGAGGAGGUAAAUCUGGGUACUGAGGCAGAUCCGAAAAUUACUUUUAUUAACGGUUCUCUUGAGCCGUGUUUGCAUGAUAAAAUUAUCAGUAUUUUGCAUGAGUACAAGGACUGUUUAGCUUGGGACUAUUCUGAAAUGCCAGGUCUGGACAGAAAUCUGGUAGAGCACAGAUUACCAAUUAGACCAGAUUUCAAGCCUUUUAAACGGCCGCCUAGACGAAUGUCUCCAGAAGUCACUUUAAAAGUCAAAGAAGAGAUAGAGCGGCUGUUGAAGGUUGGUUUUAUCAGAACUUCCAGAUAUGUGGAAUGGUUAUCUAAUGUGGUUCCCGUGGUUAAAAAGAAUGGCAAGCUGAGAAUCUGUGUAGACUUCAGAAAUCUAAAUCUGGCAACACCAAAAGAUGAAUAUCCUAUGCCUAUUGCAGAUCUAUUGGUGGAUGGUGCAGCACGCCACCGAAUUCUGUCAUUCAUGGAUGGCCACAGUGGAUACAACCAGAUUUUUAUAGCGGAAGAAGACAUUCCAAAAACUGCUUUCCGCUGCCCAGGAGCUAUUGGUACGUAUGAAUGGGUGGUAAUGCCAUUUGGUUUAAAAAAUGCGGGUGCAACUUAUCAAAGAGCCAUGAACGCCAUCUUCCAUGACAUGAUUGGUCGUUUUAUGGAAAUUUAUAUUGAUGAUGUGGUUGUGAAAUCAAAUGAGGAUGAAGAACAUCUGGAGCAUUUAAAGCUGGCUUUUGAAAGAAUGAGGAAGCACGCGAGGUCUGGAAGUAGAUCAGAAUAAGGCAAGAGCUGUUAUUGAAGCACAGCCGCCAAGAAGUAAAAAGGAAUUACAAAG